GGCCGUUUUGUUUGUGGAACGUAGUGUGAUUGAGGUUAUAUAAAUUUUUGAUUUAGCAACUGGCAAAGGAACUAUAGCAACUACGGCAGUUCCUUUUUUAAUAACUUUUAAAUUAAUAUAUUCAAUAUGUCAGAUUUUGACUCGCUUUCGUCAGUUUCCACCGACAAAGAAUUGCAAGAAUUCUUGAUGAUAGAAAAGCAAAAGGCACAAGUGAACGCGCAGAUACACGAGUUCAAUGAUAUCUGCUGGGAGAAGUGUAUCGGAAAGCCAGGUUCAAAACUUGACAGUUCCACAGAAACUUGUUUAAGCAAUUGCGUUGAUCGCUUCAUUGACACAUCGUUGCUGGUUACGCAGCGCUUCGCUCAAUUGCUUCAAAAACGUUCCGGAGGCCUGUAGUAAAAGUGAAUGGCUUUGAACUUUAGAGAAAAGAACAAAGAAACAACUCAGAAAACUACUAAGUACCAAAUGCUAUAAAAUAAUAAUAAACCUGCUGGAUUUCUUCAAACUCUAGAAACGGCUGUUCAACCCCCCAAACGAUGAUCUGCAGCUAGACACAAACCGCCAAUGAAAUAAACAAAUUUUAACAUGGCAAACUUUGUGCAAUCAUGGCCAUUUAUAGACGGACAAUUAAUUAAAUGUACAGCAUGAUUUCAAUUGAAGUUUUUUUUUUUUAUUUUUAGUUUAAAAAUAAAAAUUAUAACGUACGUCAUGA